UAUUAGAGAUCCCUAAUUAGCCUAUAAUCACAGUAUUUAUACAAAAUUGAGUCUCUCUCCAUUACAUCUACACCGCCAGUUUACAAACUAUGGAGAAAGAACACGGCGGCCUUCUCCCACUGAACCCUACUCCGGCGGCGGCGGCGUCAGCGACGACCGCAGUUGACGCUGGAGAUCAGCAGUCACUGCAGCAGUCAACCCGGCCGCGUCCGAAGAGGUUCGUGAAGAACCAAAUACCAGACUCCAUCCUAAACGAUGCAGCACUCAACGCCGCCAUAUCACUUUUACCUCAAAACUACAACUUCGAAAUCCACAAGUGUGUAUGGCGAGUGCGAACUUCAAGUGCCAAGCGUGUGGCCCUGCAGUUCCCUGAGGGUCUCCUCAUGUACUCACUCAUCAUCUCCGAUAUACUCUCCACAUUCACUUCCGCCACUCACUGUUUCAUCCUCGGCGACGUGACUUUCGGCGCGUGUUGCGUUGACGACCUCUCGGCGGGAGCGCUUUCCGCUGAUCUCCUCAUUCAUUUCGGCCAUAGCUGCCUCGUGCCUAUUGAUUCCACCACUAUCCCAUGCCUUUAUAUAUUCGUCGAAAUCUCAAUCGAUGUUCACAGGUUGUUGAAUGAACUCAAACUCAAUUUUUAUAAUUCCGAUACGUAUGACAAUAUCAUUAUGGCUGGGACAAUUCAAUUUGCUUCUGCAAUUCGGGCGGUUAAGCCCGAACUUGAAAAAUUGGGGUUUAGUAUUUUGAUUCCUCAAGCUAAACCGUUAUCAGCUGGGGAGGUACUCGGCUGUACUGCCCCGAGUGUUAAGAACAGAUUUUCUGAUGGAGAGAAUGUAGUUUUGAUAUUUGUGGCUGACGGUAGGUUUCAUUUGGAGGCGUUUAUGAUAGCGAAUCCGGGGAUAAAGACUUACAGAUAUGAUCCGUUUAUAGGGAAGUUGUUUGUGGAGGAGUAUGAUCAUAAGGGAAUGAAGGAGGAGAGGAAGAGAGCGAUUGAAAAAGCCAGGGGGGCGAAGAAUUGGGGGAUAGUGCUUGGGACAUUAGGUAGGCAAGGGAAUCCAAGGAUAUUGGAUAGGUUAGAGAAGAAAAUGUCCGAAAAGGGGAUGACUUGGACAGUUGUGUUGAUGUCGGAGAUAUCUCCCACGAGGAUUGCAUUGUUUGAGGAUGCAGUGGAUGCCUGGAUUCAGAUUGCUUGUCCGAGGUUGUCAAUUGAUUGGGGAGAUGCAUUUAAAAAGCCUUUGCUAACACCAUUUGAGGCGGAGAUUGCAUUGGGUGAUUUGUCUGGAUGGUGGGAGAGGACGACAUCAAAGAAUUCAGAUAUAUGUCGUGAUGAAGUAAUGAAGUGUUCAAAGAAUGAGUCUUGUGGUGCUUGUGAUAAGAGUGGUGAGGAAGUGAAGGAAGAGACACAAGUAGAUUAUCCAAUGGAUUAUUAUGCUCAGGAUGGUGGGGAGUGGAAUUCUUGCUACUCCAAGAAGCCUGCUAGACUUUCACAAAGAAAUAGCCAAUCUUGUAAUGGUGCCACUGCCAUCAAAUCUAAUAGCUGAGCUAACUUGUUCCAGCUGGACAUAUUACUGCCAUCGUAAAUGGAGUUUACACUUCUGCAUAAGCUUGACAGACGAAGUGGAGCAAUCCAUCAACAAAUCCCAGAUUCCUCCAACAAUUUAAGCAGACUGUGUUCAGGUGCACUCAUUGAUGGAAGAAUAGCCCGAUUCAUGGGAGUUCCAGGUAUUGUUUGAGUUGCCAUAGAGUCGGUAGCUUUUCCUUCAGGCCUUCUAAUUCGCACAGAAGACCCUCUCUCCUUCCAUAUUCUUCCCUCCUGUAAGUCGAGCAUUAUACAAAUUCCAGUUAGCAGUCCUAAUAAGUAGAAUGAAGGAGCUGGGAGAAUUCAAAAGAAAAGAAAAAAUCAGUCUUGAAACUAUUAACUUUAAAUCUUGAAUCCACGAGUCUUUAGACAUACUGGAUCGGACAUACUCACAUGACUACUUCAGAGACAUAUAGGGGGAGUAGAAGACCUUACAUUUAGGACUGAAGGCUCUGGAAAGGGACAUUGAAUUGGUCGAUCAAUAUGGAGAGGCUCAGAGGGGUGUUUAACUGGCUUGAACUCAACUGCAAAUUCAAUACCAUGAGGCGUCCCAGAGGAAGCCCUCUCUAUAGUAGCCCCUGAAUUUGGGGGAAACACUUCCCUUUCAUCCUGCAACCAAAUUACAUCAUAAAAGUUCCGAUAACUAAAUCUUCGCGGCGCGCUUAGUAAACAAGCUCUAAAUGGCUUUGUAACUUUCAGUUGAGACCUGAAAGUCAAAACGAAAAAACAGAGAUGCAACUUACAAGUGCACUUUGAGUCCGACGAUGACCAGCUCUGCUCACAGAAAAUCUCGAAAA